AUGAUUGGCCUUAAAUUACCCUCUCGAAGCCUCUACCCAUCCUCCUCGCUCGCGCGCGUCCCGCCUCUUCCCACCCUCUCUGGCACACCGGGAGAAUAUAUAAGCGAAACAGGUAGGCCCCAGGUUAGACCCCUGCAGGACACCGGACCGGACACUCGUGUUGUUAACGUCAAACAAUCAAAGUUCGCGAUCGCAAUGGCAGCCGAGACUUACGGGCAUAGAUUUUACACCGAAAAGGACAUCUUCCCCAACGACGUCAUGCUGGAGUACACCGAGGAGUGCUACCUAUCUUGGCCACGAUCCCCAGAUUCGGGGAGGUCGAGUUUGGAGCCGACCCCUUCUUUGGACAGCAACGAGUCGCCAACCCACAUCGCAUACAGAGGACUGACCAACGACCUCGUGCUGGAGGACAGUGCGGAAGACGGGGAGGUUCUAGAAGGUUCUGGAAAGAGGAGGGGCCGGGCAACCAGUGCCGCCGUGCUGCGGAGGCGUCGUUUAGCAGCUAACGCUAGGGAACGGAGACGGAUGCAGAACCUGAACAAGGCGUUCGACAGACUGCGUGGCCAUUUGCCCUCUUUGGGCGCUGAUCGCCAGCUUUCCAAGUACGAAACCCUGCAAAUGGCGCAGACAUACAUCGCCGCACUUUACGAACUAUUGCAG